AUUCGGUUUUGGCAUCAACUGAGGUGAGAUAAGCUCUGCAACCACCUUAUUCUUCACCCAUUUUCGCACCAAGGCUAAGGAAGAAGAAGGGGAGGAAUAGAGAAGAGAAAAGAGGAAGCUAGAGAGCAAAACUUGAGAUUUUCAAGGUAUUCAAGGAACUUUCACGGAGUUGAAAAGGUCGCCGGAGUUGUCGCCGGAGUUCGUUGAAGUUCGCCGGAGUUUCGUCGGAGCUAAAUCGGGGAGGCUAGAACUUCAUAAGCUUCAUUAAGGUUGAGGCUAGAGUCCUACUACCUGCACCUUUGCCUAGGGUGACUGAUCGAGAAGGAAGACGUGGUUCGUGCUUCCAUUCUUAUUUCAAAUAAAUGGAGGGUGGACGCAGGAUAACUAGGGGGAAUCCGACAGGGCAUGUGCCGGGGGCCACCGGGCAUGCCACUCGGGCGGAAUCAUGGACCUCUAGGGGUAGAGGCCGGGGCCAAAGCCGAGGAGGAGGCCGAGGCAGGGGUCGUGGGCGUUCUACCACUCCGACGACAAGUAGCACACGCGUCGGUUCCGUGCACCCGUCAUGGGCCACCGAACCGGACGACUUCACCUAUGCUCCAAGCACGGAGCAAGAGGAGACCCCGUACAACGGGGAGGACUUUGAGGAAGAAGAUGAGGAUGAUGAUCCUCAAAAGAAGAGAGUACACGAACCUGAAACAGGAGGAUGGUUGCUCGGUGAGGCAAUUGGAACAAAGGUUCCGUGACUUGGCACGAUUCAUCCCAGAAUACUCAUUGGAUGAAAAUCGUAUGGCCAAUCACUUUUGGGAUGCUCUACAGUUGGACAUCCGUGACCGGGCUACUUACCAUCACAGUAUGACAUUUAGCCAAAUCGUUGAUCAGGGGCUCCUCGGGGAAGCCCAAUGGAACGAGAGGAAGUUGAGGGACGCCGAGGAGGCGAAGAAAGGAAGAUGGGGAAACGCUGGACCCCAAGACCACUCCCGGAAGCAUCAUGCUGGGGGUGGCAGUUCAUUCAGGGCGUCGGCACCACCGGCGAAAAGGAAUAAAGGCUCAGGAGGGCAAGGGGCCAAACCAGGGAGUACAUGGUCACCGAGGUGUGCAAACUGCGGCAAGAAUCAUGCGGGGAAGUGCAAUGAACCACCCCGGUGUUACAAAUGCGGUAGCACGAGCCACCUCAAAUCCUCUUGUCCAAUGCUGAACGGGGGAGGACCAUCGGGAGCCAUGGGAGGACCUACGACUAGUAGGGGACGUGCGGGGCCGUCUCAGACCGGCACGGGAAGGAGUGGACCCACGGCUAGCAACGCCGCGUCCGUUAACCAAGGGAGGACCCAAGCACGGGUGUAUGCAAUGACCGAGGCUGAUGCUCGGGCCAACCCGGACUCCAUUGCAGGUUGAGGCUAGAGUCCUACUACCUGCACCUUUGCCUAGGGUGACUGAUCGAGAAGGAAGACGUGGUUCGUGCUUCCAUUCUUAUUUCAAAUGUAUAAACCGCUCAUGGAUUUUUGAACAAUAUUUUCAUUAAAACAGUUGGGGGCCUGCGUGCCCGUGUUUGCCACGUGUGGCUAAGUAUCAAACAUUUUAUUAUUUUCCGCAUUUGAUUGAUUAUGAUAUUGAUGUUGAUUGUAUGUGUUUACUAAUCGGUUUGGCAAUAGAAUAAAUCGGACGCCUUGUACAACUCAAUAGGGAUGAACUGUUGUUGUUCUUAUCGGGUUGUACGGCGGUUGUCUACGUGGCUCGGAUGCGGUCUGGGGCGUGACAAAUGCUGUCCGGUUGGCUUUACGUGCGCGACGUAAAUAUGUGUUCGUUGAUGGAACUCUCAAAAAACCGUCGCCGCCUUGCACCGAAGAUGAUUGGCUUACGAUACAUUCAAUGAUUGUGUCGUGGCUGUUGAAUAUUAUUGCCCCUGAUGUCAAAGCAACGUUGGAACGUUAUGAAGAUGCCGCAAAACUCUGGGCAGAUUUAAAAGAACGAUUCUCUUCUGCGGACAGACCACGCAUACAUCAAACUAAAACUGAUUUGGCAAGAUGUGUGCAAACUAAAGGCAUGCCGGUUGGAACAUAUUUUGCUAAACUUCAAAGCCUAUGGGAUGACUUGAAUAAUUACGAACCGCUUAUUGCGUGUACAUGUGGGAAGUGUACAUGUGAUGUAAUGGGACAACAUGAAAAACGAAGAGAAUCGGAAUGAUUUCAUCAAUUUUUGAUGGGAUUGUACACCGAUUUCUUUGGCCCUACCCGCUCGCAGCUCUUGACUCAAACACCCCUGCCUAGUUUGAACAGUGCCUAUCAACAAACUAUGCAAGAAGAACGAGUACGUGGCUUUGUUCAGACACAAGAAGAAAGACCUGAUGUUAUGGGUUUUGCCUUGCGGACAGAUGGCAAGGGAUUUGGACAAGGAGGAAAGACAGACAAAUCCGGAUUAAUUUGCGCAUAUUGCAAAUACUCCGGUCAUGAAAUUGCUAAUUGUUUUGAGCUUAAUGGUUACCCGGACUGGUGGGGAGACAGACCAAAACCGGGUAUCAAGGGAGGAGGACGCGGCAAGUCUUCAAGACCUGGAACGGGGCGUGGAAAAGCUCCUGUGAAAGCACAUGCAGCGGUGGCUGAUUUAGCAGCCGAGAACAAAGCUCCGCCAAUUGGUGAGGGAAGCAGCAACCAAUUGAUCUCACUGCCUGGCUUCACGCCUGAGCAAUAGAAAUCCUUGUUGACCGUUUACGGUAACCCUACAGUCUCUACUGAUCGCGUGGCAGGUAAAUUUGAUCAUAAUGCAUGGAUUAUUGAUACAGGGGCAACAAACCAUGUUUGCGGAAAUUUGGCCAUUUUUUCUCAAAUUAAAUCAGUUGAGCCUUGCUUAGUUGGUCUGCCGAAUGGGCAGACAGUUGAAGCUACGCGGGAAGGCCGAGUAGAACUGUUUGAAGAUCUUUAUUUGAAUAAUGUUCUAUAUGUCCCUGCAUUAAAAUGCAAUCUUAUCUCGGUAUCUCAAUUAAGUGAUCAAUUAAAUUGUUUUGUUCAAUUUGCUAGUAACUUAUGCGUUAUACAGGACCGUCACUCGAAGAGGCUGAUUGGAAUGGGUGAGCGGCGGAAUGGACUGUACUAUCUUCGGGAGGAACCCUCAGCGAGGAUCUUGGCAGUUAGGGACUCAAAGGAAUCUGAAGUUAAUUUAUGGCAUCAACGAUUGGGGCAUCCUUCUUCAAAAGUUAUUGAACACUUGGUUCCUGUAAGUGGUCUGAAGGGUGCUGGCAGUUUACCUUGUGAUAUUUGUUUUAGGGCAAAGCAGAUACGAGAUUCGUUUCCUAUCAGUUUAAAUAAAACUCAUGCUAUUUUUGAAUUAGUACAUUGUGAUUUGUGGGGUCCUUAUCAUACCCCUUCUUCGUGUGGUGCUC